AUGGAGUCAAUAAAUCAAACUAUUAGAGAGAAUAACAGGAGAUUUGAGCAGAAAAAGUUUUCAAUUCCUUCAUUCAAUCAAAGGAAAUUGGCCAAGCUUAUCCGUGCUAGGAACAAUAAGGCAGCUUUGAACACAGAAAUAGUUUUACCAAAAGAUAACUACCAAAGUUUUAGCUGUAAGAAGAAAUAACGAUAGUGUUUUAAUGAAGCAGUCAUUUGACCACUCAGCUAUCAACAGGCUAUCACUUAAGAAGCAUUCGGUAGAUCUCUCUUCAUUUAACAAGUCUCUGAACAGGACUGUUGCUCGGUCCUUAAAAACUGAUGAUAUCCCAGGAGCUGUUAAGAAGCAAGUAAAUGUACAAAAUCCUAAGGACAUAAUGACGACAAAUGAUAUCCCAGGGUCAAGGCCUUCUAAAUUCAGACAUCGAAUCUUUAAUCAGAAAUAAGCCCAUUACUAAUGCCAAGUAUAAAUAAUACCUUUGAUGAGUUUGGUUCCAGGAAACUAGAAAAUAGAUACCUAUACAUUGAAGUUUCCAAAUAAAGGUGAUCCUUUAGCAGGAAGUAAGGAAAGAAGGAAAAAUAUGCUGUCCAUCCCAAAGAUGUCUGAUAGCACUUAUAUGCCCAGAAAAUUAGGAAACUUAAGAUUAGACAGAAGGUAUUAUAAUGGGAUAUAUAAAUAACAAAUCUAAUGUAGGAGAGGUCUUAAGAGAAGCUAGAAACGAGAUAAAUCAUAGCUUAAUGACUAAUCAUUCUAUGAAUCUCUCGAUGCAUCAAUCACCUCGGAACAGUGAUAAGAGAAGUAGUUCAAAGGCUGUUAUUGAACGAGAUCAUUUGCAGACAAAGCCAUUACAAAAAGUCUCUUCUCAGGAGCAUAUUGCUGAAAAUCCGCAUUCAAUAAGUCUAAAUCAUGAUUUCUCAGAUCAGUUUGUUCAAAACAGUAAUGAUAAGAUUACUAAAAAAUUUUCAUUAGUGAAUCCUAGGUUAUCGAAUCCAAACUUGCACAAAUCUGUCAGAUAUAAAGAGCCAGUUGGGUACUACCAAGCCAACUUUUUAUCCCAGUUAUAAUAACCUAUUUGAAAAUAAAAAAAUAAUUUCAACAUAUU